AGUAGAUAUAUGGAUAUCAAACGGCUAAACUUCUCAAAAUGUCGACAAGCGGAGGAAAGUGGGAAACGGUUUCACACAAAAAGAAGGCCACUGUGGCCGAUAAAAGGGCGGCACAGAAAGCACUUGUUCAAAAUGCACCGACAGUGGAUCAGAUGUCCCCACUUCAGCAGAGUGCCACCAUGUUUAGUGAGGCAUUUACAAAUGGUUCGGCAAAGGGCACAAAGAAGGCCAACGGGGAUGCAAGCCAUAGCAGCAAAAAACCAAACCAGCCAACCCAACAGCAGAAGAAGAAGAAAGGAAGCAGUGAUGGAAAGAAGAAACCAGAAAGAUUUAAUACCCUUGAUGAAGCACUGGAUGCUCUUCAUGUCUCUGAGGUUAAAGGUCAACUUGAUGAUGUGAAGGAGAGGGUUCCGGAUUCACCAGCUCUUUGGUUGGGAGAUUUGGCUCUUUUGCUGAACAGGAAAUUAUUGACAAAGGAAUUGGAUCCAACCUUCCCUGACAAGCCAUCUGAUUAUCCUCUUUGUAAGAUGAGUAGUUCAGUGAGGAAUCUUCUGAAGACAUUGAUGGAUACAUACCCUGAGAGAAUGCUUAGUAUGUUCUUUCAACAUUGCAUCAGAGAGAUAGAGAAUGAUCUUCCUAAAGGAAAUGCAGUAAAUGGAUAUCGGAUCUUUCUCCAGCUUCUUGCAGUGGAUUAUCCUCAUUUUGUUACUAAUCGUAUCUCUGAUUAUCUGGAGGUAUUGAAACGAAGACAGAGUGACCGGGCUACUUGUUUGACCAUCCUAUGGGGAUGUAUUCAAGCUGGUCAUCAUGAUCCAGUCAUUGGAUUGCAAGUUUGGAGUAAGCUGAUGCUACCUCUUCUUGGUCAUAAGAUGAUUUCUCCCUAUGCUAUCUCUACAUUGGAUUGGUUCUUAGGGCAGAAGCUGGAUGAAAAACGUGCCAGUCAAGUUCUAGGUCCUAAUGAGUUCUUCCCUAUUCUCGACUAUGUUUUCACUCCUAACAACUCACUUCAACCAAACUUACAAAAACAACUGUUUGGCCACUACCCAAGACUCAAGAGUCUUGCCUUCCAAGAGAAUCCUGAGUCCAACCUAAGGAAUUUCUUUCCUUCUCUUCUCGCUAGAACAACAGAUCAUUGUCCUGUUGCUCUAAAGACAGAGCUACUUGAGUGCCUUGUAUAUUGUCUGUGUCAUGAUCAGCAUUGUUUCAGUGAGUGGCGUCAGAUGUAUGAUAGUCAUAUGAAACAGUCUAGCGUCUUGAUGAAUCAUAUCAUCAAAGUCUGGGAUCAAGUUAAGCUUCCUAAGAAGCUCUUACAGGAGACUGUACGUGCAUUCAGUGUAACCAAUGAGGAACAGCUUUCUUUAACUCAGGCCAGUAUUAGACGUAUUCAUAUUGAACAAUGCAAGGCAGCUUGUGAGGAAUUAUUGGAGAAAAUGAGCAGUUUCCGGAUGCCAUGGAAGACGAUGAUCUCUGUUGUCUUUCUUUCCAUCAUGACAUUCUUAGUCUUGGAUCUAUUUACCAGCAAUGGUUUCAGUGGUUCAAGGACGGAGACAUUCCUUCAGAAAUCAGGACUUCUUGCUGUUACCAAACAUGCUUGGGCCAAAAUCUCUCUCUUUUCAACAAACGUGAUGGGAUGGCUGCAUGUAAACACACCAAUCUACUAUGCCAAGAUAAAGGAACUCUGUGGACCUUACCUUACUCUCGCUUUGGAAAAAAUAUAUGAUAUAUGGGCUUGGUUUGUUACCAUGGUUACGCCAUUCAAAGAAUGGAUUGCAGAGAAUGCUCCCAUCUGGUUGGACUGGUUUCUGGCACAGACUGUUGAGAUCCUUCAGCUUUUGAUGGUUUGGUUGACAAUAUUAUGGGAAGUAGUAUCUGACUACGCUAUUGCUGGUUGGAUUGUUGUAGCGCCAUACAUGCAACAAGCCUGGGAUGUGACUAUUGUCUACAUGGCCUUGGUCUGGGAAGCCAUGUAUCCAGUCCUGGACCAAACAUGGAUCAUGAUAAAAACAAUGUUCAGCAAGACGUAGACCCAGGAUCCCAGAUGAAACACCAAUCCAAUCAUCAAGUUUCAUCUGGAAAUAUUCUUAUCCAAAUUGAUAUUGAUUUACAUUUAUCUCUAAUAUAAUUGUUAAAGUCCAUUAAGUUUAUCUUUAAGAUUCUAUGAAUUAUGAUUUAGAAAAUGUCCAACAUUGCACUAUAAGAGAUUCCAAUGUAUUUAUUCUGUGCUUUGUAUGAAGAAGCGAAGAGAGUUUGGUGCUUUAAUGGCUUGCCAUCUUGUAAUCAAUGUAAUGCGUAAUUCAAUGCAGGUUUGACGU